AGUGCCCGCGGAGGCCUGAAGAGCGGUCAAUAGUGGGUAGUGUACGUGCUGCGACCCUAGUGGGGUCACACGUGUGGUGGUACGUCUACGGGCGCAUGACUGGUGAUACAAGUCCUCUGGCCAGGUGCUGAAUUUCCAUGGACAGGCAAAGUCGCCCAUUGAUUGUGUUGCCUUCAUGAGUUGUACCUGAAAGUUAUAAAGUGUGGGCGCGAUGAUGGUGGUGGUGAUGGACUUGGUGGUCAGCGGUGGCUGCUAUCAGACUGCUCCCACCACCCUGCUGACACUGCUGCUGAUAUUCCUGACUCACCUACCUGACCGUCUGCAAGUGUCAGCCAAACGCUUAGGGGGCAACGAAGUGUUCAGCUGUAACGAGGUAGUUGAAGCAUGGCGCGGUGAGGGUGGUGAGUGGCGUGGCAUGAACGGUACACUAGCCAGUCCCAAUUUCCCCCACCCUUACCCAGCCCGCCUUCAGUGUCGCGUCGACUUCAAGGCGCCCCAGCAACACCGAGUUCAGCUUGUCUUUUCACAUUUCCUUCUCUACCACCCGCUCAAUCUCUCUAACCGCAACUGUGAUGCCAUGGACUCUGUGACCAUAUCUGAGGGCACAAAGUACAAGGUGGGAACCUUUUGUGGACCUGGCCUCCCUCGUCCGAUCAUGUCAUCGGGGUCCUACCUCAGCCUCGUCUUCAGGAGCUACACGUCUGGCCCCCAUGUAACAGGCUACAAGGCCACCUACACCUUCCUCCAGAACUUCGGGCUGGACACUGGCCAUCAGGUGGAGGACCAGCGCUGUGUGUUUGAAUACAACUCCACCUCCUACCCCAGUGGAGAAUUCUACAGCCCCAACCCUGGAGGAACAUACCCACGGAAUACAGUGUGUCACUACAUCUUCCGUGGCCUCCGGCACCAGAGGGUUAAGGUGGAGUUUAGGUACUUCGACGUGGAGGGUGUGGCACCGUGUACAGCAAAAAGUGACAGUGAUUACGUAGAGUUCAGUAACUUACCAACACAAGAGCUUCUUUCCCCCAGACGGUGUGGACGCUUUGCACCCAAGGUAGUAGAAUCAGAUGGUCCUUUCUUCCGGGUAACAUUCCGGAGCAAUCAUAAACUUGAUGGUAAGGGCUUUGCUGCCGCCUUCAAAUUCCUGUCUAAAGAUGACGAUACCAGUCUUGUACAACCCCUUUCAGUUACAACAGCAGGUGCAGUUUCUUGGACAACCCACACCAUUGUGUGUGUGAUACUAACCACAAAUAACAUUGCCAUACAACUAGUUUUUUUACCUUAAUUAUAUUCGUUUUUCUGUAUGAAAUUGUAAAUAAAUCAUUGUUAUUUAUAGUAAAAUUGACAAAAUACACACUGUUUUUCAGUCAUGUAAGAAAAGCUAAACAACGUGAUUAAAUUAACAUCAAUCAUUGGAAACAUAAGGUAAUUGAAACAGAGACACUAGUAGGGCAAAUAUCAUAGUACAAAAAUACUGUACUAUAAUCAAUGUAACUGCAUCAUUAGUAAAAUAAAAAAUACUGUCCAAAUUCCAAACAAUCAACAAAAUUCCCGGGUGCUUUGCCAAAAAAAUUUCUGUAAUUUUCUUAGUUCCACCAUUACAUAUCUUCACUACAACAACAUCCAAACAAACUCCUCCUCCUCCAUGGCUCCUUCAUCCCAAUCAUCACUAUUUUACCAAAUUCCCCAAAAUGGGAUAAAAAGUUAAGGAAUAAAAUGAAACUAGUAUGUGAUCUUUUUCAAAGAAAGUGAAUAGAGAGAAGCCUCUUUUUUUAAGUAAUUCUAGUCCCAAAUACUAUGUUUUAGCUAACAAAAUGAGUUCUUAAGUAUGUCUCGGUUUCAGUUGCAGCAGUGGUUCUGGUGAAAAUAAUGAAAAUAAAUGUAUUUUUUUUUAUUUUAGUCACUGCCUGACAGAAACAUGCAUUCAUGAUUUUUUUCCACUCAUUCUUAUUAUAUGUUUUAGUAAAAUCUAGAACCUUGGAAAUCGGUUAUCAUAUAUGGGAGUCUCAGAAAACCAUUACAGUACAGUGUACUGUACAUUUGAAAAAAAAAAAAUCACUUUACACACAAUUAAACAGCCAGAUUCACUUGUGGCAGUGCUUGUUCUCCAAUUUUGUGGAAUCGUAUUAUUGUCCUCGAUAAAAUGUCUAGCAGACUUCCAGGGUCAAUGUUUACUAGUUCAUAAUGUGAUUCAAAUGCAGGUACUGUACAUUAUAAUACUGAAUAUUUAUUUAUCAAACUUUCAUGCAAAAGUAAAUUUUAAUUGUACAGCAGUGUUUCCCAACGUACAGAGGCCAGCCACAUUUGCCAGAAGUGUAAGAGUUCAUAGGUCGACCUUGAUUUUUGACCAAGAAAUCAUUAAUUUUUUUAUAUGCCUCGUGUAUAGGUCGACCCAAGUUUUUGAGGGUAAUGGAACAAAUUAGGGUAAUAAAGCACCAUAUUUUAUGGCAUAUAAAACUCGUUUCAGAAAACCUUCACUAAAAACACACUACGUCCUAUAAACUGAGGGUCGCUGUGCCUGAAACACCAAGCGCCGAAGGCAAAUUGCUUACCAUUUAUUAUUACGGCAUUUUACACGGAAACAUGGGUAGUUUCAGCAAAAAUAUUGUAUAUUUCCAUUCAAGUAUUUAUUCAAGUCAAUUAGGAUAGAAUAUUAUUGUAA